CCCUUCUCUUAUUCAUCUUUCACACCCUCUUGCUAUAGUUUUCUCUCUUGCCCUGCCUCUCUCUAAUUUCUGGCUACCUUUCUUUCCUCUUAUAACAACCCACCACUCAUCAACACAUUAACAUAUGUAGCAAGCACCAACUUCCACAUACUAAUUAAGGAAAAAGAAAAGAUUCAGGACCAACCUGAGUUUUCCAUUUUCAAACACCCUGCAGUGUUUAUUAAUUCCUUUUCAGCACUGUUUCUAUAGAAAAGCAGAACAUGGUGUUGGCUUCCAGAAACCCAAUCAGGAGUGAAAAAAUUGUACCUGGUGAUCUUCCCAUAGUAGACCUCAAAGCUGAAAAAUCUGAGGUGACAAGGCUCAUUGUGAAAGCAAGUGAAGAAUAUGGUUUUUUCAAAGUGAUCAACCAUGGUAUUAGCCAUGAAACUAUUGCCAAAAUGGAAGAAGCAGGGUUUGGGUUCUUUGCCAAACCAAUGCCUCAAAAGAAACAGGCUGCACCUGGUUAUGGUUGUAAGAACAUUGGCUUCAAUGGAGACAUGGGUGAGGUUGAGUACCUUCUGCUCAAUGCUAACACUCCUUCCAUUGCUCAGAUAUCCAAAAGUGUAUCCAUUGACCCAUCAAACUUCAGGUCUACAGUGAGUGCAUACACAGAAGCAGUGAGGGAGCUGGCAUGUGAGAUAUUGGAGGUAAUGGCAGAGGGCCUGGGGGUCCAGGACACAUUGGUUUUCAGCAGGUUGAUAAGGGAUAUUGAAAGUGACUCAGUCUUGAGGCUCAAUCACUACCCACCUAUACUUAACAGCAACAACAGGGAGGACAAGUCACCCUCCUACAACAACAAGGUUGGGUUUGGGGAGCAUUCUGACCCUCAGAUCUUGACCAUUCUCAGAUCCAAUGACGUAUCUGGCCUCCAAAUCUCUCUUCAAGAUGGGGUGUGGAUCCCAGUCAAGCCUGACCCUGAGGCUUUCUGUGUUAACGUAGGUGAUGUACUAGAGGUUAUGACAAAUGGAAGAUUUGUGAGCGUGAGACACAGGGCUAUGACCAACUCAUUCAAAUCAAGAAUGUCAAUGGCAUAUUUUGGGGCUCCACCACUGCAUGCUUGUAUUGUUGCUCCUCCAGUUUUGGUUACACCCGAGAGGCCCUCCCUCUUCCGACCAUUCACCUGGGCCGACUACAAGAAAGCCACAUACUCUCUCAGGCUUGGAGACAGCCGCAUGGAACUUUUCAGAAACAAUAAUGAUAUGUAGACACACCGACACAGUGCAGACACCUCACAGAUACCUCAAUUUUCAUUAUAUCUCACUCUUGUAAUCACAAACUAUCAUGUAUCACAUCAUUUAUUUCUCUAUCUUCUAUUCCUUUCUCACUCUGUGUCUGUUGAGUGUCUAAACUGUGCGGAUGUAUAUGAACGAUUUUCAUUCUAGAGAGUGCAAUGAAGAAAUAGAGUCACAUGAGCAGUGAAAA